UCCUCAGCAACCCUGAGAGCUGUAAAGUUAAAUUAAAGAAACACCAUCCUGGUGAUCUAGAGCAUUAAUAUCUCUUAGUUUAUGUUACAGUUAUACGCGCCCUGGUGCGAUUAGGCGCACAACAGAAGGUAAGCGCACAUGGGCGGGCAUUUGUGCGUUUAAGUCAGUGACGGAAAACUAACUGGAAAAAGUUAACCGAGAGACAGGAGAAUUACUGGAAGGCACAAUGUCUAAUUCCGCCCCCUGUCAUGGGAACGCACGGAGGUCUUCUGGUUUGGCACGUGGAAAAAGACCACCGGAUUUGGAGCUGUCGGAAACCACUUUUAGCGCGCCUGAAACGGGGACACCUGUGGGCAACGACACGUUACCUCAAAGAGACAAAAUGCCAGCGGACGGUAACAAUGCCACCGAGUUACCCCCUGUUCACAUCCACCCGUACUUAUCUCAUCCCCGGAUGUCCAUGCGGAUGUCGGUGUACAGCACAGGGGUCCGUCCAGUCCUCACCCGCGCCUACAUCCAAGGACGCGUGUAUAACUUUCUGGAAAGGCCGUCUGGCUGGAAAUGCUUCGUGUAUCACUUCACAGUGUUCCUCAUAGUUCUGUCCUGUCUGAUCCUCAGCGUCCUGUCUACCAUCGAACAGUACCAGGCCCUGGCUCACACUACGCUCUUCUGGGUGGAGAUCGUCCUUGUGGUGUUCUUCGGCGUGGAAUAUUUUGUCCGCCUCUGGUCAGCAGGCUGCCGAAGUAAAUAUGUUGGCAUCUUGGGCCGGCUACGCUUUGCCAGAAAGCCAAUAUCUAUUAUAGAUCUGAUUGUAGUUGUUGCCUCAGUAAUUGUGCUGUCGGUGGGCUCCAAAGGCCAGGUCUUUGCCACCUCUGCUGUAAGAGGGAUUCGCUUCCUGCAGAUCCUGCGAAUGCUCCAUGUGGACCGGCAGGGAGGGACCUGGCGUCUCUUGGGCUCCGUUGUCUUCAUCCAUCGGCAGGAGCUGAUCACUACCUUGUACAUUGGCUUUUUGAGCCUGAUCUUCUCCUCGUACUUUGUCUACCUGGCAGAGAAAGAUGCAGUCGACAGCGACGGCUCCACCCAGUUUGGGAACUACGCUGAUGCCCUGUGGUGGGGAGUGGUGACCGUGACUACUAUUGGAUACGGAGACAAAGUGCCGCAAACCUGGAUUGGAAAGACGAUUGCAUCCUGUUUCUCAGUCUUUGCCAUUUCCUUCUUUGCUCUGCCUGCAGGAAUCUUAGGCUCAGGUUUUGCCCUGAAGGUGCAGCAGAAGCAAAGACAGAAACACUUCAAUAGACAGAUCCCUGCAGCUGCCUGUCUCAUUCAGACAUCAUGGAGAUGUUUUGCAGUUGAGAACUUCGAUUCUGCCACAUUCAAGAUGUUUUUGAGAAAGAGAUCCAACAUCCCCGCCUCCUCUCUGUCCACCCCCAAGCCCAAGAAAUCGGUGAAGAUAAGGAGGAAGUUGAAGAGCAAUGACAAGGACAACGACCCAACUUCUCCCACAAUUCCCAGCAUCACCUACGACUCUGUAUUUGACAGUGGGAGGGAGCUGAGUUCAGAUGUUUACAGCACUGUGGGCACAGCUGGUUUAUCAGGACCCCUCACUUUGGGAGGAUGCGAUCUUCAGCAGUCCUGGACUUCUUUGUCUUCCCUUCAAUUCAGCUCACCACCUCCAGUGAAAAGAAACCCUGCCCUCUUGGACGUCCACUCCCCGGGCCCCCUCCAGAGGAACUGCAGCUUUGCAGAUGACCUGGAGCUGGAGCCCGAGCGAUACAAUGAACUUUAUCCCGUCAGCACCAUGUCACAAUUGACAGAGUCACACCGAAAAGCCAUCCGGGUGAUCCAGAGAAUGCGUUACUUUGUGGCCAAGAGAAAUUUCCAGCAAGCCCGUAAGCCGUACGAUGUGCGGGACGUGAUCGAGCAGUACUCCCAGGGUCACCUCCACCUCAUGGUGCGAAUCAAGGAGCUGCAGAGAAGACUGGACCAGUCUUUAGGGAAGAUAACUUUGUUCCAGACAAGCUCAGAGCGAGCCAAAGACAAAGGCAAGAACUCUAUCGGAUCCAGACUCAACAGGAUGGAGGACAAGAUAACACACAUGGACCAGACACUAAACCGCGUGGCAGAAUCUCUCGCCCUUCUGCUGGACCAGAGGGACGCAGGUGAGGGCGAAGGUGUAAGCAAGCAGAGGCCACGCAGCGGACGGACCUUUACUGUUUUGCCCAGCCAUGACAGCCUGCCAAGCUACGACCAGCUAUCUUCAUCACCUCCAUCCUUCUCCUCCAACCCCACCAGCACUACGGCCUGCCCUAAAACUCCUCUCAGCACCACCACCUCAGUCAGUCAGGAUGAGAGCCGCUGAAGCCAAACAGCCUCAAAGUUCUUCGAAACGUAUCUGUCUGUCUAUCUGAAAAUAUCAAUUUUGAGUCCGGCAGAGAAACAGAUUUGAACCCAGAUGCACAACUCCGAAACAGACAGCUUGAAAAAAAGUCAUCACAUACCCAUUGUCAAUAUCCAGGUAAAAGUCAAAAACCAGACAGGCAGAUAAAAUGGGCAAACUUAUCUUAAAGGGGUCAGGCAGAGAGGCAGGUAAAUGUGGACAGACAGACAGUUAGAAAGACCGAUACACUCAAUUUCUCUGUGGACAAUAUUUUUCAAACUAGUAUAAAUGGAAGGAAGCUGAAAAAACUUGAUGGUAGAUAGAGCCGACUGCAUUGUUCAGUGAGGAAUAACCAAAGGUAGAUGGCUGUUUUUUUGUGGGAGCAGUUAAAACAGCCCUAUCGGCCAAAAAUAUAUAUAAACUUAUAUAACUUUUUGUUUGUUGCACAGUUUGCCACAGCCUGAAAAAAAACAACUAAACAACUUUCCUCUACUUUAUUGCUUUGCUGAAUGUUGGCAUGGUGAUACAUGACAUAUCUCAUCAGACGAUGUGGGAUGUAUGGGACAUAAUGUGAAAGAGAAACGACAUCAUUAUUGACAUUUUCAACACUGAUAUUUCAGCAUAUUGUAUCAAUAUUAGUUUCAUAACUUUGAAGUGUAAAGUCGCCUUUCUUUUUUUAAAUGACUUGAAAUGUAUUCAGGUUAAUGCCAAAGACAUUUGCAUGGACAAAUAAUCAUAUACUGUGAUUCAGUUUUCAUAUAUUCUGUUAAAAUGGAGGUAAAAGUGAUUGCGUUCAUCUUUGUAGAGAGACCUACGUUUCAAUAUUUCAUCUGAAAAUCAUUCAACAUUUUCACUUAUUGGUAAUAUUUCAAAUGAGUCAUUAUCAUGUGAUCUGGAUGGUAAUGCAGAUAGUUAUUCCACUUAACUAAAUGAAGCAUUGACUAAUUCCAAUCAAGCUGGAGAAAGACACCCCAACGGUUAAAGUCGACGUUACCAGCUUAGGAAAUUUCAGCUACGUCUCAGCUUUAAUGUAAUUCAUGUGAUUUUAUUUGACAAAUAGCACCACAAAAGUUUAAAUAAAGAGCUCAUAUAUUUGCAAAUCAGUUUGUUAUUCUACUAAUUGUUCUAACUUAACGGGGCAGUUAAAAAAUGAUAAAAAAAAAUGAUCAGACAAAAGCUGUAAAUUAAAUAUUUAUCUAACUACAUGUGACAUUUUGCAAAUUUAGUUUAUUCUACUUGAAGGGGCAGUGACUAAAUCCAAACUCCUGCUAAAGCUAACACAGUAGACUUUAGUUAAGCUUCGCCUUAGCUUUGACUUCUAUUAUUUAUUUUGAUUGGGUUUAGGGGAAGAUAUUUGUUAAAGCCCGGAUGUCUUAGCUCUUCAGGUUAUUCUACGAAACUAAAUGAGACCGGGGCUGAAUACAGUCACAAUAAAGCUCCUGCUAAAGCUAACGUAAUAGAUCCCAGUGACUGCCAUUUCUCACACCUGUAGAGAAGCAGAUAAACUGUACCUAAUGAAAAUAAGAGUAGAGUAAAGAAAAUGUGGAAAAGCACAUUAUCUACCACUUUGCUGAACGUCGGCAGUGUGAUAUUAAUGUAAUAAUAUCUAAUAAUAAUAUCUCAUCAGACCACAUCUACUGUAUGCGAAAGAAAAACAUCAUUAUUGACAUUUCAACACUGAUUUUUAUUGAGCAUUAGUUUCUUAACCUUAAAGUAUCUUAUUUCCCUGCAGGAGUCAUCAUUUGCCUUUUUUACAGUAAAGUAUCCUGUUAUACUUUACAUUUAUUCAGGUUAACACCGACUACCACGGCGUUAUGUGCUGUGAUUCUAUAUAUCUUGUGAUAUAACAGAUGCAAUGACAUUCAUCUUAGAGAA